AUGGUUGGGGUCACUUUGUCCUCCGCAAAUGAAACCAUCCUCCCAGUGCACAAGCAUUCCAUUCUGCGUGUUCUAAACGCAACACUCAAAAACCGCCUCUCGCACGAAACCACCCAGAACAUACCCUUCAUUCCACUGGACCAACCAAAAACCAAGCGGAGACUCUCGUGGAAUCUUCCGAAAUUCCUCCGAGAAUGCGGUCCAAGGGGGUACGUGCGGUGUCAGCAGGACUGUGAGGAGAAGGACUGGUCGAAUCACAUCCAACUCUCGACUAUGGCAUCGACAUCACGUGAUCGGGCCAGUUGGCCUGUGAUAUCAGAUAUGGACGCGGUGAGAACGGUACUCAAACCCUGCACGUCCACAUCCACCGUGGUCGAACCAAGACUGCAUCAGUGUUGCUCCAUGGAACUGUUGGUAGAGGCUAUCCAGCAUCAACGAUGGGAGCAAGUUCUGGGCAUUCUGUCGCAGGACAUUCCACUGAAAUCGUCUACCGAGCAUCUGCCUGACUCGUCAAUGCUUAAUCUCUUUCUCCACUGCAGUGUCUCAGCCAAAGGUUCGCAGGACUGCGACAAAUUGUCACUUGCUGUGCUUGACGCCUUGAUCGCUCAUGGCUCCGUGGUGAGUGUAGGAGCAGACGGUCUCCAGAAAGACGUUCUUGUUGCCAUAUACAAACACCUCUACGCUCCCACGUCGAUCGACUUCCACGGCUUCAUGCGAAGGCUUCUUCAAAGCGGUCUCGAGGUGCCUUUUGACCUUCUAGUGAGUUGUGAACCCUCCGUCAAUCCAUAUCACCACAUUCUGGAAUCUUUUGCAAGGUGGAAACUGAACAAUCCUUGCAAAUUGUCGCCGCCCAAUUCCAUUAUCUCAAAAUUUGUCCUUCUCUUGAACUGUCUCUACUCAGAAGCGGUAGACAUCCCGGCGGUAUCCAAUUCCGCCGACGAAGUGGCAGUUUUAAUGACCAAAACACAUAACCGGAUCGUUGAACUGCUUACGCGCAAUCCCGCAUCUCUGUUCGCUCAGACACGUAUCAAAGUAAGGCGGAUGUUUCCAAGAAAGUACUUCCGUGAGUUGAUUUCCGACAGACUCUACACGGUGAGACCCUUCUUUCAAACCAUCAAGGGUCUGGACAAUCCCGCAGACGUCAAGGUCUUCUUUGAUUGGCUGGAGAUUGUGCAGACGCUGCCGGAUAAUGUUCGGCAGAGCCUUAUUUUCUUGGAACAGCGUAACUUACAAAAGGAAUUGACCUUUAUCUUUUCCAGUUAA